AUGGCGAAUUACCUUGCCUCCAUCUUCGGAACAGAAGCCGACAAGGUUAAUUGCUCAUUCUACUACAAAAUCGGAGCUUGCCGUCACGGCGAUCGGUGUUCACGAAAACAUGUCAAGCCAUCCUACUCGCAGACCAUCCUCCUCCCAAAUCUCUACCAAAACCCAGCAUACGACCAAGUAAACAAGAUGAAUCCAAGCCAGCUGCAGAAUCACUUCGAUGCAUUUUAUGAGGACUUCUGGUGUGAGAUGUGCAAAUUUGGGGAGAUUGAGGAAGUGGUUGUUUGCGAUAAUAAUAAUGAUCAUCUUAUUGGAAACGUUUACGCGCGAUUUAAGUACGAAGACUCAGCCCAGAAAGCUUGCGACGAACUAAACUCCCGCUGGUAUGCCGCCCGGCCUAUUUACUGCGAAUUGUCACCCGUCACCGACUUCCGCGAAGCUUGUUGUAGAUUAAACAGUGGCGAGGGAUGUGUCAGAGGUGGAUUCUGCAAUUUUAUACACAGGAAGAAUCCUAGUCCAGAGUUGGACAGAGAGCUGGAGUUAAGCACGAAGAAGUGGUUGAAAGAGCGUGGAAGAGAUGAAAGAAGUAUGAGCAGAAGUCCUACUCCGGAGCCGACCAGAAAAAGGUACUAA